AUGAAACAAAGAUUACGGACGAAAGUAUGGUGGCCUAAAAUUGACAAAGAUGCAGAGAUAUUCGUAAGAAACUGUAAAAGUUGCACAUUAGUAUCUGCACCAAACCCACCUAAUCCAAUGAAACGCCGUGAACUACCGGUCGAACCAUGGAUUGAUGUAGCUAUUGAUCUAAUGGGACCUCUACCCUCUGGAGAUUUCUUGUUAGUUAUCGUUGAUUAUUACAGUCGUUACAAGGAAGUAAAAGUGACAAAAAGUGUAACAUCAAAUGAUAUUAUCAGGUUACUAAAGGAAAUAUUUUCACGGCUUGGUUAUCCAGUUACCAUCACUGCAGAUAAUGGCAGGCAAUUUAUUAGUCAAUAG